AUGUCGACGCCGUCGUCGUCGCGGUUCAUCCUGAGCCGACAAGAUACUGGCCGCGCCUCCGCCGUCCCUAUCCGUCCGGCUCCUCCGAAGGUUGGCGGUGUGUUCUACCCGAUCGGGUACGGGGCGGAUCCCACCGGCCACAACGACAGCGCCGACGCGAUACAGAAGGCGCUGAACGACGCUUUCGAGCAGCUGAGCGAGCCGAACAAGGAGCUGAUGCCCGGAGUUAAGGACUUGGGAGGGGCGGUGAUCGACCUCCAAGGUGGAAAGUACAAGAUCAGCAAGCCCAUCACCUUCCCGCCUUCCGGCGGUGGCGACCUUCUGAUAAAAGAAGGGAGUUUCAGAGCGGCGGAAGGGUUCCCAUCGGAUCGUUUCCUGGUGGAGUUACUGUUCCCGCAAUCGGAGGUCCUGAUAAACAAAACGACCAACGUGUCCGCGUUGCAGGGCACCACGAUCUUCUACGAGGACAUAACGUUCCGGGACCUCCUGUUCGACUCCGGCCACAGCGGCGGCGGCCUGCUAGUGGUGGACGCCGCCCGGACCCGGAUCGUCAACUCCUACUUCUUCAACUUCACGACGCAGGGGAUCCUGAUCCAGGGCGGCCACGAGACAUUCAUUCAGACCUGCUUCGUUGGUCAGGUUCCCACCGUGGGGCGUGACAAGAACGAGCGGCACUACUCCGGCACCGGGAUCGACCUCGCGAGCAACGACAACGUCAUCACCGACACGGUCAUCUUCUCGGCACAAAUCGGACUCCUGAUUCGGGGCCAAGCCAACAUCAUCACGGGGCUCCACACCUACAACAAGUCAUGGCUGUUUGGCGGGAUCGGGGUGCUGAUGAAGCUCGACGCCGCCUACAACCGGAUCAUGGACUGCUUCUUCGACUACAACCAGGUUGUGCUCGAGGACCCUUACUUCGUCCAGGUCAUGGGGAACUUCUUCUUCGGGCAUGCCAACGUGAUGCUCAAGUCGGUGAAGGGUGGCACCACAGGGCUAACCGUGGUCAAAAACUUCUUCGUCGGGUUUGCCGGGGCGCCCAUGAUAGAGCUUCAGGGGAAGUUCACGCUGGUGCACGACGUGCUGGUGGAUCAGAAUCAGGGGAAGUUCUUGAACGUCCAGUCGACGUCCGCGAAGGUGACGGUGGCCGGGAAAGGGAAGAAGUGGGUUGCGGAUUUCAGUAAGAAGCUGGUUUUCCCCAACAAGAUCGACCAUUUUCAGUACUCGUUUGCGGUGAAGCAGCAGCCGACGAGGCCCGCCGUUGCCGGCAGUGGCGGCGUGUGGGGUGGGCCGAGGUUUCCGAUCCAUGCGGCGACGAACGUGUCGGGGAAUGUGGUGGUCGUGGAGAGCGAGGAUGAGGUGGACGCCGUCGUUUCGGUGAUGGUUGAUCAGGUUAAUCCGGUUGGAGAGGAGACUUUUGUGUUCGGCCGCAACGGCGAAGGCUAUAACGUCGGCCUGCAUAAGUGA